CGCAGGGCAGUGCUGGACCUGUAUCUGUCUCUUCUGAGCAACUUUUCACGUUACUUGAAACAUCAACCGUAUAGAGGCCUGUAAUUCCAGUAACAUGGCCAGCCAUGGCGUGACUCGCACCGUUCGGACUCGCACCGAAGAACAGCGGCUGCAAGACCUCGAAAAGAUCAAGAAAUACCGCCAUCUCGAGAUCCAGAUACGCACACAAGUCGCCACGGGAACCUACACCCUAGAUCUCUUCGAGCUUACCACCAAGCUCCUUCGUCAGAACCCCGAAUACUACACCAUAUGGAACAUUCGACGCCGUUGUUUAAUAUCUUGUCGGUUAUCCGGAGCAGCAGACCAGACGGCAUCAGCCGCUCAAGAUGGCACAUCAGAUACCAAAAACCAGGACUCAGACAGCCAAGUGCUGCAGUCCGAAAUCGCCUUCACUAUGCCGCUGCUGCUGGAAUUUCCCAAGUGCUACUGGAUCUGGAACUUUCGGCAAUGGCUUCUAGCACAAGCCAUUCAGAGAUUGCCUCUCCCGGUCGCUCGCAAGAUUUGGGAGACAGAACUCGGCCUGGUGUCCAAGAUGCUAAACAAGGACCAGCGCAACUAUCAUGCCUGGGGCUACAGGAGGCUUGUGGUGGUUCAACUGGAGAGCUCCGAGCUCGAUGGCAAGAGCAUGGCUGAGGAUGAAUUUGCAUACACAACCAAGAUGAUCCGACAGAGCCUGUCCAACUUUUCUGCGUGGCAUAACCGAAGCCAGCUCAUUCCAAAAGUCUUGGAGCAACGAGGCGCUGAUGACAAGGCCCGAGCAGCUUUCCUCGGCGAGGAACUGGAUCUUGUGCGGGAUGCUCUCAACGUUGGCCCCGAAGAUCAAAGUUUAUGGUACUAUCACCAGUUCCUCGUAUCCCAAAUCGUGGGGGACGGAAAUAAGCCGAGCAUCACGCCGGCUUUGACUGUCGACGAGAAGAUUACCUACCUGAAGCAUGAAAUUGAUGAGAUUAAAGAUUUGUUAGAGGAUUACGACAACAUCAAAUGGAUUUACGAAGCUCUGUCAGAAUAUACCGUCGCAUUGGAACGACUACAACGCACUGACAGCAAUGGCGCUGAGGCUGGCGACUUGCAGGUCUUCCUGUCGAAGCUGCGGACCCUGGACCCGAUGCGCACGGGUCGAUGGAAUGAUGUUGAGCAACUGGCAUCAUGAUGACAGCCAUGGUUAAUACAAUUACUCUGUUUAUUCUGACUCCGUCUACAUUCAGGCGUACGAAUACUACAGAGGCAUAGUUGACUGGCACUCUCUUUCUAAAGAGGACAUCCCAGGGGUCAUGAUUCAUACUUCUAGACUUAUUCCGGCCUUUGCCUAUUGGCAUGGAGGCGGCAUAAACCGGGACAUGACAUGGUCAUGCAGAUAUGACAUGUCAAAUGAUGUACACCGUAGAGGCAAGCAAACCGGGACUUUGGGCCAUGUCGAGCUGUCACCCAUCAAACGCGGUUGGGGGAAAUGUCAGUUGGAUUGGCAGACAACAGCUUCUGGAACAUGUAUCAAACAUUUAAUGGAGAUCGGCGGUUAGCGUAUACUAAUACAUGUGAUUCAACCCUGUUAAAACGUUGAACUCGUACACUGUACUUCGGUAAAUCAUGUAGUUUAUAUUAUCAUAAGACAGUUUGCCAGUGUCAAGGCAUUGAAUGGUCACC